AAAUGAGGUAUGUCUCCGUGAGUUCAUUCAUCCGGACGCCGAGAUGUAGAUUCUAGAUCAAGCUCAUUCCUCCUCCUUCAAAGUUUCGAUUUCGGUAACUGUAGGUUGAACGACGGCUUGGAAACUACACUCAGGCCAAGGAUGAGAUACUGGUAUCUGCCUACAUGAACAUGUCCAAAGAUCCUGCAAUUGGAACGAAUCAGUCAGGAAAGGCUUAUUGGUGUCGCAUCAGCGACUACUACAAUGAACACAAGAAGACAACUAAUGCUAGGACACAACACUCCUUGGAGCACAAGUGGAGCGACAUUCAAAGGGACACUACGAAGUUUUGUGCUGCGUACGACAAAGUGAUAAGGUUGAAGCAAAGUGGCAAAAGCGAAGACGACCAGGUAAAAGAUGCACUACAGAUGUUUGAAAGCAUGCACAAGAAACAGUUUAGGUUUAUGCACUGUUGGUACAUGCUUCGCCAAGAGGUCAAAUGGACGACCUGGCUCUCAAGUUGUGAAACUCCACAUAAUACUGGGAAUGUCAACGUCAACGAAACCGGGUCCCAGGCGAGGCAGGGGGAAGACCAAUUUGGUUCACCGUCUGAUACCUUUGUGCGACCAAUGGGUAGGGACCGUGCAAAGAAGGCUCGUAGUACCAGCACUUCGAUCAAUUCAACUGCCUGCAUGGCGAUGCUCCAGAAGUUCCAAGAGGAUAGAGCAAGGUUCGAAGAAAAGGCUACAAAGUAUGAAGAUCAGGCCGCAGCAUCAACAGAAGAGGAUUGAAGGGAUAUGAAGAUGUACAGGGACAGAGACAACACCUUGGGUAGGGACCGCUACUGAAGUCAAAGCAGCACACAGCAGCCACGGUCGGACGGAGACAACACCUUGGGCGCAGUGGCUUCCAACAUGGCCCAAUGAGAUCGUUUUCCGACCGUUGGUGGCAACAGAAACGGCCGCCCUUCCCUCCACCGAGUAGGGAGCCGUAUACGGACUCUGCUGGAAACGCCUCCGCGCUCCGCCUACGCAAACGUGGAGGGCGCUAUCAGUGUUUUGGGUCCUACCGCGCACCCGGGGUUGCCCCUUAAGGUCCUUUUUGGAGUAGGACGGUGUUACCGACUGUAGCUCGAUGGUUCAUGCUAAUGCACGAGAGGCAGUGGACAGUUUUAUACAGGUUCGGGCUGCUUGGAGAUGCGUAACACCCUACGUCCUGGUGUGAGUACUUUAUGUGGUGGGUUACAAGGAGGCUCUCUAGUGUUGGAAACGUAGAGGGCCAGGUGGAUGGCUAAGUAGUGAGGUCUCUCUUUUUGAAGGGGUGCCCCAUAGGCCUUAUAUACUCGACCGUGGGGUGUUACAUGC